AUGAGGUAUCAAUUGAACGUUUUGAUUCAAAUAAUAUCGGGAUUCCAGUUACGAAAAAUAAAAUACAGAUAAAUACCUCGUUGUUUUAGAUAAAAAAAUUAUGCAUCUACAUAUAUAUAAAUUAAAUGAAAGACAAUAUGCAGAAUGCCCUGAAUUAAAUAUUAUUAUUAGAUUAGAAGUCUUUAACACAUUGGAAGAUAUUAUUACGAAAUACGGGAGAUGAUAUUGAUUUGAUUUCCACUGGCAAAUGAUUGUGCAUUUUUUGCAUUGUAAAAUAUUGAGCCCUUAACUAAUACUAAACGUGGAGCACGACCUUUAUCUACCUAGAUUCCUAAGUGGAUAGCUGUGAAACGACCUUACUGAAAUUGGAAAAGCGUGUUUACGAAGGGAGAGACAGAAUUUUUAAUCUUUUGAAGAAGUCUCUGUAGUGAGCCCUGCUAUAGUUUGAAGAUUCGCUCAAAUUGAGUCCCACCACACGUACCCCAGAAGGGAAGUGCAUAUCGGAGAUGAGAUUCAAUAAGCGCUGUUAAGGAGGUGGAUAAAUUCAGUUCUUUGGAAAUUGAUAUCAGCGCAACUUAAUUUUUUAAAUAAGGCGGCAAUAUUUAAUCCCAUUUCAAGGAAUUGUGUAGCCAUAAGAAUUGUGCAGAUUCAACAACGUCUAUGGUGGUGUUAUUUAGUAAAAAAUGCAGCAAUGUUUUUUAUAUGAUAAAGCUCCUGUAUUAGAAACGUAUUCAAUACUUAAAAGUCUGAAUUUAGGGGAAUGAGAAGAAUUCUUAGCAUGUCUUGGUUCAAAAAGUAUAAAUCACAGUAGCAUCUUAUGUCUCACAGAGCUAAAAUGGACUAAGCUACAAUUAUAAACACCGAAGAAAGUUUUAACAUGUCACACCCCACGACAAAAUAUAAACCUGAGCUUAUUAUGAAGCAAAAUGAUGCCAAAAAAGCUGAUUGGAAACAAUAUAACAAGAAAUGUUUAGAUUUCUAUGUCUAUUUCAAAACCAGGUUAGUUUUGGCUACCAGGUAACAUGCACGUAAUUCUGACCAAAUUUCUAAUCAUGUCUGGUAUUACUAAAGGAAGGCUGGAAUGUCCAAAAGUUAGUGGGUCAGCUUCUGUCGUCAACUGUGGCGAAGAUAAACGAUCUGGGUCAUAAAAUUCUUCAUCAACAGAGUUUUCUGCACUCUCUUCUUCAUCACCAGACUGUCGUCUGCAUCAAUUUCCUAUUUCCUCUAAGAGCUGUACUCUAGUUAGUGGACGUUGUCGUUAACAACCAGCACAGUUAUUGAGGAGAUUAAGACGUAAAUUUUAGACACCAAUGUAAUAAUUAAACCAUGAUCAGGUUAACCCAAUCAUGAUCUGAAUGUUCAGAAACUAAACCGGAUCACGUUGAUUGCUGUUAGGAGUAGUCAUAUGGUAAAACCACUGGGUGAAUGCGACCAGGGUUGUUUCAUUUGUCUAUGGUUUUUUGAACAUAAAAAUUUAUUUACUGAUCGCCGCAAUCGGAAAUUUUGAUUUGAAUUUCGUCACUUUUCUGUCAAACAAUUUUCGUAUUUGAACAUGAACUCAUUAGAUGUUUGAGUUCAACUUGUUCAGACAUAUUACCAAUUCAAAUAAAUUACAUUAAUGUAAUGCUGAUCAAUCAUGUGAUAAUCAUGACUUUUUGAAGUAUCAAAUAAUGUAGAUAUUAUCUCAAAUUUAGAUUGAUAGAACACGCAAUUUAUUCGAAUUAUAAUUCUUAUCAUAUCGUAAAUCAGUAUUGAAUUGUGAACUAAUUUUUUUUUUAGCAAUUUCACGUCAAAACAGUACGAAUCUAUUGAAGAAGCGUGUAACCUUUGCUCAUACUUCAUGAUUACUUUUAAAGCGUUUGCCACCUAAGUAUUCCUUUAGCUUGUGAAAGAGCUGAUAAUCGCCGAAAGCUCAGUCCGGUUUGUACGAAGGAUGAGAGAGUCCACCCAAAUGUCUUCAAAAGCUACUUUAUUUGACGAGCUACUUAGGGUCGAAGCACUCCCUCCAUCAGUUGUCCUCUCUCCUCUCUCUUGGAUUGAUUUUUCACAAUAUCUAUCUACGUUUAUUGCACUAGGUUGUACGAAAUCGAUAAGGAAUACUUCUUCAAAUUCCAAAACAUUGUUGCCAUAACAUUUCCUCCCGACUGCGUUUGUUUGAAUUUCUUUCAACGUUUCGGUUCAAGUUUUUCCAAGUCUACUAUGGAAAGCUUCAGGAAUGCGUUCAAGAAGUUCACGGACAGUUCUUUGAGCUGCUGACUGCACAGAAAAAAUAUAAUUUUAAACAUACGGAAAUAAAGUAAUAAGAAUGAAAGUUUUUGUAGGUUGAGUUUUAAGAAUACGCAAACCAGCUGAAAUUUCAUCUAUUUGAUAUAGAUUUUUAGCUCUGGUUUUAGUUGGAGAUCAAAUUAAACCAGCCUUAAAGCAGUAGAUGCCUUUCCGAUUCCACGCAGAAGAAGAAAUGUCAAAAGAAAUUUUUAGUACUUAACCUCACUUUUUAUACGAAUUUGUAAUAUAGUCCAUUCUUAUUAAUAAUUUAUUAUGAAUAUUGAAGAUUCCAUAGAAAAAUCAGAUUUCUUCUUGAGGGAAAUUCCAGAUGUUAAAAUAUCUAAACCUACAGCUUUGUCAAAGAAGAUUGUUAAAGAGGAAUUGCAAUUUUUAACACUCUCAGAUGAUAUUCAGGAAAAAAUAUUAGAUACGUUGAAAUAUAUAUAUGGGCCAGAUUUUAAAUUAAAUAGUGCCUCAGACUAUGAAGAAUCUAAAUCAAAUUUACUUAGAAAAUAUUGGGUAGGUCAAGGUUCCUUAGUUGUGAAAGGUGGUAUUGAUUUUUCACAAAGUAAAGAUGAACCAAAGGAAGAAGCUGAGAGAUUAAAACAGUUUGCCCUAAUGAGAUUAGAAAGUUAUGGUUUUCAUAGAAACCAUUGCAUAGAAGCGUUCGAUUAUUGUAAAGGGGAUAUCCAAGAUUCUAUUUAUUUACUUUAUUAUAAAUAUUUUAAUUGGGAAAAGGCGCCGAAAGAAAUUGAACACGGUUUAACAAAAAAAGAACUUAUGGAGCAGAGAGCUGAUGAAAAAAGUUCUUUAGAAUCAAUAUACGAUCAAACUUUUAAUCCAAAAACGGAGAACGUGUGGAUUCUCAACCUCAAAUUGGAAUAUUUAGUAAAUAUGUUUCAUAAUAAAGAAGAAAAAUCAAUUAAAGUUGUUAAAAUUGAUAAAAGAGAAAAGUGUAGGAAUCUUCUUAGACAAGGGCAUUGUAAAUAUGGUGAUAAAUGUAGAUUUUCACAUCAAAGGGAAGAAAAAGUCGAAAAGAAAAAUAAUGCUCAUUUAGAAUCUUUUAUAUUCGAACUAGAAAUACGUUUUCCAUUAAACACCCAGUAUCCUUAUGAACCGCCUCUAAUAUUGUUAAAAACUAAUGCCGUACUUCCUCCUUUAGUAAAUCUUCAUAUAUGCAAAAGACUUUAUGAAGAAGCUAAAUUGUUAGCGGAAGAUGGUAUACCAUGUGUUUAUACUAUAACAGAACUUUUACAAAACGAAGAAGAAAUAAAACAAUGUUUAAAAGAAGAUAUAAACUUUAUACAUCCGAAUCAAAAACUUUUCGAUGAGAAAAACAAAAAGGAAAUAAAAACAUCGAAACCAAGCCACUACGAUAAAGGAAAAACGUACAGAUCAAACAAAAAAGAGCAAAGUAUCGAACAGUUACAACGGGACGAUAAGAAGAUUGUAGAAUCGUUCAUAUAUAAAAUUCAAGAUGAGAAAUAUAAAAAAAUGUUGAAUAUCAGGAAAGAUUUACCUGCUUGGGCAUUACAGAAAAAUAUUAUAAACACUAUUAAUCGGUCACAAGUUGUAGUUAUAAGCGGUGAAACCGGUUGCGGCAAAAGUACUCAAGUACCUCAGUUUAUACUUGACGAAUGGAUUAAGAAUUAUUCUAACGACAAUAGACAUAUUGAAAUUGUUUGUACGCAACCCAGAAGGAUAUCUGCUAUUGGUGUUGCCGAGAGAGUAGCAGAUGAAAGGAUAGAAAAAAUAGGAAAUACAAUUGGAUAUCAAAUUAGAUUAGAGAGCAAAAUGUCUUCCAUGACAAGAUUAAGUUUUUGUACCACUGGUAUAUUAUUAAGAAGACUAGAAAGCGAACCAACUUUACCAAAUUUAACGCAUGUGAUUGUUGACGAAGUUCACGAAAGAAGUGAAGAAAGCGACUUUCUUCUUUUGAUAUUGAAAGAGCUUCUCCAAAUUCGAUCUGAUCUCAAAGUGAUAUUAAUGAGCGCGACUAUGAACGCUUCCCUUUUUUCCGAAUAUUUCGGUGAUAUCCCGAUAAUCAAUAUUCCUGGAAGGACGUUUCCAGUCGAACAAUAUUUUUUGGAAGAUAUAUUUGAAGCUACUGGAUACAUUUUAGAAGAUGGUUCCGAUUAUUGUCGAAAAUUGAAACGCGAUGAAAAUUAUUUGGAAGUUAUGAUGGCUACUAGUGAAGUUAGUUACGCUAAUAAUAGACCCAAAGAAAAUAUCAGAGACGAACAUUUAAAUCCCGUUCAAAUAUUGGCCAGAUAUCAAAGUUAUAGUUUAACGACAUGCAAAAAUUUAUAUCUUAUGGAUCCAGAAAAAAUUAAUUACGAUUUUAUAGAAAUCGUAUUAGAAUGGAUAGUGUCCGGGGAUCACAGGUAUCCUAAAUUAGGAACAAUCCUCGUAUUUCUACCGGGAAUCACAGAAAUUACAACUAUGUAUGAUCAACUUAUUAUUCACCCUCUGUUUGGAAGAAGAACCGGACGUUUCAAUUUGCUUCCGUUACAUUCAUCUUUAUCAAGUGAAGAUCAAUCUGCCAUAUUUCGGAAACCGAAAGAGGGGCAAAGAAAAAUUGUUUUAUCCACCAACUUAGCGGAAACGUCUGUAACAAUAGACGAUUGUGUUUUCGUUGUGGACGCUGGUAAAAUGAAAGAGAAACGUUUCGAUCCAAAUAGGAAUAUGGAAAGUUUGGAAACAACUUGGGUUACGAGGGCUAACGCAUUACAAAGAAAAGGACGAGCUGGGAGAGUAAUGAGUGGUGUUUGUAUACAUCUUUAUACAAAUCAUAGGUUCAAAUAUAAUAUGAUGGCACAACCCAUUCCAGAAAUAAAUAGAAUACCGCUGGAACAAUUGAUUUUGAACAUAAAGGUGCUGCGAAAUUUUGAGAACAGAGAUGUAGUAGAUGUGUUGGGGGCAUUCAUAGAACCGCCAACAUUAGAAAAUAUAUCAACAGCAGUCGAAAGAUUAGAGAAUGUCGGUGCUUUAGACAAAAAUGGGAAUUUAACUCCUUUAGGUCACCAUCUAGCUAUGUUACCGGUAGAUGUCAGAAUAGGAAAACUAAUUUUGUAUGGUGCAAUCUUCGGUUGUGUAGACUCGGCUUUAACAAUGGCCGCGUGCUUAAGUUCAAAAUCACCGUUUAUGUCACCUUUCGGCAAAAGAGACGAAGCAAAUAAAAAGAAACAAAACUUUUCGCUCGGUAUGAGCGAUCAUCUUACUACAUUGACUGCGUAUAAGAAAUUCCUGCAGCUGUACAAGAAAACAACCAUAGGGGCUAAACAUUUCGCCAAUGAAAAUUUCUUAUCUUAUAGAACAUUAACGACAAUUGCGGAUGUGAAAAAACAGUUUUUAGAAUUAUUAGUUGAUAUAGGUUUCGUACCAAUAAAUUUGAAUACAAAAAGAAGAUUAGGUUGGGAUGACGUGUAUGAAAUUACUGGACCCGAGUUUAAUAGAAACGGUGAGAAUAUACGACUUCUAUCAGCUGUUCUGUGUGCCGCCCUCUAUCCGAACGUAGUGAAAAUAUUAACGCCAUCUAAGUCAUAUAUAAUGAGCGCUGCAGGAGCAGUGCCAAAAGAAAAUGUUGCCAAAGAUUUGAAAUUUGCAACGGCUCACGAAACAGUAUUCAUGCAUCCUAGUUCAAUAAAUUAUACAGUCAAAUCUUUCACCAGUCCAUAUUUGGUAUAUCAGGAAAAAAUUCAAACCAGUAAAGUGUUUUUCAGGGAGUGCACGAUGGUACCUGUGCUCCCACUCAUACUCUUUUCAUCGUACGAUUUAAAUAUCAGAGUACAAGGAGGAAAUACUUUCAUAGUGUUAGAAGACGGUUGGAUCGUUUUUCAAGUGGACGAGCACAAAAUAGCGGAAAUGAUUAAAUUGAUACGGCAGGAGCUUUUCAAUCUUUUAGAAGAAAAAAUUAGGGAUCCCCUUCUAAAUUUAUUCCAUAACGAUAGAUGUGAAAAAAUUAUUUCGACUAUAUUAUGGAUGAUAAAUUUAUAAUAGAUCACACUGCCUACACUUGUAAAUAAGAUUAUUUAUUUUUGUAAAACAUACUGGUGCAACUUGAACGUCAAAAUUGAUUAUUUUUUCGAUCAGAUUUUAUUAAAUUAAAGCGAAAGUUUUCAAAU